AUGUUGACAAGACCAGAAAUGGGUGAAGAUGCUAGUCAACUAAACGAAGAUUCUAAUGGGGAUGAUGGAGAUUAUGGCGAUUUUGGAGAUGAUGGAGAUUAUGGAGAUGUUCCAAAUGAUGGUAAUGAUGAUGGUGGAACUUUUGAAUUGGAAGGAACUGAAGAUUUUCGUGAAGAUGAUCAUGACGAUGUUGAUUUAUUCUCGGAAUCCGCGAAGAACAUAAUUAGUGAGACAAAUUUAACAGUAUUAAAUUCAGAUGGACAGUUAGGAGCUACUGCAUUGGAUUAUGAUUAUGAGAUAAAGAAGAUGUGUGAGCUUUUUGGAAAUUUUAUUGAAGUUUUACGUGGUUAUCAGAGAGAUGGAAGAGAUGAAGAUUUUAGACAAUGUGCUCGAUCAUUUGAAAAAUAUAUGCAACAUGGAAUUACUGUCUCAAGUAAAAAUGGGUUAAGGAUGAGAAAUACUUAA